AUGCUCACGAGCGAGAUCCCGAAGCCGUGGCUGACGGACAAGGACACGUACGGCCGGCUCUCGUACUGGAUCACCGUCAUCGUCGCGUUUCUCGGCGUCGUCGGCGGCGCGCUCCGCGUGUACUUUGCGUGGGUGCAGACCCCGCGCAUCGGCGACCUGUGUCUGGUCAUGGACGACGACUUUAACACGUUCGACACCGGCUUCACGUGGUUCCAGGAGGUCGACAUGAGCGGUUUUGGUAACGGGGAGUUCGAGAUGACGACCAACUCGCCGAACAACUCCUUUGUCCAGGACGGCAAGCUCUAUCUCGUCCCGACCCUCACUUCUGACGUCAUCGGCGAGGCCGCGGUCCGCGAUGGGUUCACGUACAACAUCACGGGCUGCACCUCCGUCAACACCACGAACGGCUGCGGCGCGGUCUCGAACAUCACCGCGGGCACGGUCAUCAACCCGGUCAUGAGCGCGCGUAUCUCCACCAAGCGCAGCCACGCGAUCACCUAUGGCAAGGUCGAGGUCGUCGCGAAGAUGCCGCGCGGGGACUGGAUCUGGCCGUCCAUCUGGAUGCUCCCGCUCGAGGAGACGUACGGCGCGUGGCCCGCGUCCGGGGAGAUCGACAUCGCGCAGUCUCGCGGGAACCCGCCGGAGUACCCUGCCCAGGGCGUCGACUACGUGCGCGGCUCGCUGCAGUGGGGACCGUUCACGUGGCUGAACGCGGUGAGCAAGACGUUCGGGUGGUGGACGAACCGGCGGCAGACAUUCGCGGACGGCUUCCACACGUUCGCGAUGGAGUGGAGCCCGGACUUCAUCCGUCUCUACGUCGACUCCCGGCUCACGUACACGCUCUACCUCAAGUUCAACGAGCCCUUCUUCCAGCGCGGCGACUUCCCGCCCGUCGUCCAGAACGGGACGGACUUCAUCCAGACGCCGAACCCGUGGGCGACCGGGACGAAGAACGUCGCGCCGUUCGACCGCCCGUUCUACCUCAUCCUCGACGUCGCCGUCGGCGGCACGAGCGGGUGGUUCCCCGACGGCGCCGGCACGAAGCCGUGGCUCGACCAUUCUCUGACUGCCAUGGCGGACUUUGCGUACUCCCAGGACACCUGGUAUGAGACGUGGCCGAAGAACAUCGCGGACCGUGCGAUGGUCGUCGACUCUGUCAAGAUGUGGCAGCGCUGCUAG